AUGAGCUCCUUGAAUGUGGCCCCAUCAGUUUCAGGAGUGCUCGCUGGUCAUCAGCCCUUAGUCGCGCCUUUGCGGGAGGAGCUGGUGCUGGCCGCUGUGUGGCUUGAGCAGCGCGAAGUGAUUUCGGUGCACGUUGGGCAGGCGGGCGUUCAGAUUGGGAAUGCAUGCUGGGAGUUGUUUUGUCUGGAGCAUGGCAUUCAGCCGGAUGGAUGCAUGCCGUCCGAUAAGCACAAUCAAGUGGACGACUCGUUCUCCACGUUCUUCUCGGAAACGGAAGCUGGCCGGCAUGUCCCUCGAGCGGUACUGGUGGAUUUGGAGCCGACAGUUGUAGAUGAAAUUCGAACUGGCACGUAUAAGAUGCUUUUUCAUCCGGAACAAAUGGUAACUGGCAAGGAGGACGCUGCAAAUAACUAUGCUCGCGGGCAUUAUACGAUCGGCAAAGAGAUCAUUGAUUUGGUGCUAGAGCGCACUCGGCGACUGGCGGAGAACUGCAAAGGCCUCCAGGGAUUUCUAAUUUUCCAUUCGUUCGGUGGUGGCACCGGCUCCGGCUUCACAUCACUGCUGAUGGAACGGCUUUCUGUUGACUAUGGCAAGAAAAGUAAAUUGGAGUUCUCAGUAUAUCCGGCGCCGCAGGUCUCCACUGCCGUAGUUGAGCCAUACAAUUCGAUUCUUACGACCCAUACAACUCUCGAGCACUCGGAUUGCGCAUUUAUGGUUGACAAUGAAGCCAUCUACGACAUUUGCCGUCGUAAUUUGAACGUCGAGAGGCCAUCCUAUACCAAUCUUAAUCGGCUGAUUUCCCAGGUUGUAUCAUCAAUAACCGCCUCACUUCGGUUUGACGGCGCGCUGAAUGUGGAUUUGACUGAAUUCCAAACAAAUUUGGUGCCCUAUCCGCGCAUACAUUUUCCUCUGGCAACGUACGCGCCGGUCAUCUCGGCUGAGAAGGCCUACCAUGAAUCGUUGUCAGUUGCAGACAUUACGAAUGCGUGUUUCGAGCCAACAAAUCAGAUGGUCAAAUGUGAUCCCCGACAUGGCAAGUAUAUGGCAGUGUGUCUGCUUUAUCGUGGUGACGUAGUACCAAAAGAUGUCAAUGCUUCUAUUGCCACUAUCAAGACGAAACGCACAAUCCAGUUUGUGGACUGGUGUCCAACUGGUUUCAAGGUUGGAAUAAACUACCAACCACCAACGGUUGUUCCUGGAGGUGAUUUGGCAAAGGUGCCACGCGCCGUCUGUAUGCUCGCGAAUACGACGGCAAUCGCGGAAGCUUGGGCCCGGCUGGACUAUAAAUUCGAUCUGAUGUACGCGAAGAGGGCAUUCGUGCACUGGUAUGUUGGUGAAGGCAUGGAGGAAGGCGAGUUUUCGGAAGCGCGAGAGGAUCUGGCUGCUCUCGAGAAGGACUAUGAGGAGGUUGGCAUCGAUUCGCUGGAGGGUGAGGCCGAUGGCGAUGAGUAUUAG